AUGGACUUCUCUUCCUCCAUUAAGAGAUCAUUCAAGAAUCAUGGAGGAUCGAAUAAACAUAGUAGAAAAAUGUCCGAUAUUAUCCACGACGAACAACAACUCCCUAUACUCUCCGAUUCCUCCUCCUCCGCCGCCCCACCUCGCCCCACGAUGAACCAAGAUGUUAUUGUCAAGGUUGAAGGUGCCACCGAUGAUAAUACGAAUCCAGGAGGUCGGAUAUUGCGUGGUUCAAGCUACGAGUUCUGGAAAAGCGGACAGAAAGAGGAUGUACCCGCCGCCGGCGGCGGCGGCGGCUCUUCUUCCGAGGAUCCGCCGUCGAGAUUGAUAGGUCAGUUUUUGAAUAAGAAUAAAGCAGUUGGUGGAGAGACAUCGCUAGAUAUUGAUUUGGAAAUGGAUGAGCUUCGUCAUGAUUUGGCGCAGAAUAAAACAACAACUCCUAUCACCGGAAGCCCUAUAAAUAGUUUUUUCCGACGCGGCGAAACGGAAAGUACAAUGGCUUCCCCUUCAAGAGAACUCAGGGUUUCAUUCCAAAUUCCUUCAAAUGUAACGUUCGAUCAAAAGGAACCUGUAGAGAAGAUUGGUAAACGACAACAAAAAGACGAAAUCACCAACGAUGAUGCAGCCGAUAAAUCCCCUCCGAAUCAAUCUCCUCUCGUCGAUAGUGGCCGUGGAGGUGGCGAGGUUCUAAGGUGCACGUCUUACCAGAGGAGACAGAGCUUUAUGAGGACGAAGACGAAAUCCAGACUUCUGGAUCCGCAGGAGCCUGUAGAAUUAAGAUCCGGGAGAUUAAUUGGAAAGUCAGGUCAAUUAAGGUCGGGGAUUCUAGGUAGAUCGUCAGGUAUGUUGGCGAAACCACCGGAGGAAGAAGACGACGAUCCGUUAUUCGAUGAUGAUAUCCCGGAUGAAUUGAAGGAGAUGAAAAUCGACGCGUUGACAAUAAUUGAAUGGUUGAGUUUGAUAAUCAUAGUCUCGGCUCUCAUCUGUAGCCUCUCUGUGAAUAACUUAAGACGGCAGAUGUUUCGUGGGCUUGAGGUUUGGAAAUGGGAGCUUCUCAUAUUCGUCCUCAUCUGUGGCCGAUUGGUUUCCGGUUGGGCGAUUCGAAUUGCCGUCUUUUUCAUCGAAAGAAACUUCCUUUUACGUAAAAGAGUUCUUUACUUCGUAUACGGGGUUAGGAAAUCGGUUCAGAAUUGCAUCUGGCUUGGUCUCGUUACACUAACAUGGCAUAUCUUCUUCGAUCGAAAGGUUGCAAGCCAAAGAGACAAUUUUCUCAAAUACGUCAACAACAUCAUGCUCUGCAUGCUAUUCGGAUCGUUAGUCUGGAUGGCGAAGACACUCAUGGUCAAGGUCCUAGCGUCUUCGUUUCACGUCAGCACCUUCUUCGAUCGAAUUCAAGAAUCUCUCUUCAAUCAGUACGUGAUAGAAACUCUCUCCGGUCCACCGUGUAUCGAGAGACAGAUAAUGUUUGAAGAAGAUGAGAGGUUGAUGGCGGAGAUUCAGAAGUUUCAGAACGCUGGAGCUCCGCUUCCGCCUGAUCUCCGUGCCGCAGCUUUCCCGGCAUCUUGUAAGAGCGGGAUGGGAGGUAUUCCCCGUCCACAGCCCCCGCAGAGGAUUCAGAGCAUGAAAGUUUCGAGGGCGCCUUCAAAAAGACAGGUGGAUAAGGCGGAUAAGGUGGAUAAUAGUAGUGCAAUACCAAUCGAGCAAUUGGAUAAACUGAAUGUGAAGAACAUAUCUGCUUGGAAUAUGAAGAGGCUGAUGAGGAUAGUCCGGUACGGUUCCCUGUCAACCCUAGAUGAACAGAUAUUGGGAUCUUCCAGUUUAGACGAAGGGAAGACGCAGAUACAGAGCGAACACGAGGCGAAGUUGGCGGCGAGGAAGAUCUUCAAGAACGUAACGAGACCAGGUUCAAAGUUCAUCUACCUUGAAAACUUGCUGCGUUUCAUGGCAGAAAAUGAGGCUGUGAAGACAAUUGUUCUCAUGAGUGGAUCUCCUGAAACUGAAAAAAUCAGCAAGUCUGCCUUAAAGAACUGGGUGGUGAAUGCUUUCGUAGAACGGAGAGCUCUAGCACUAACACUUGAUGACACGAAAACAGCAGUUAACAAACUUCAUCGGAUGUUGAAUGUAAUCGUGAUGAUCAUCAUACUCAUCGUUUGGCUUCUGAUACUUGGAAUCGCCACCAGUCAAUUCUUGGUGUAUGUCAGCUCUCAGAUCGUGGUUGUCGCAUUCAUCUUUGGUAACACCUGCAAAACAGUAUUUGAAGCCAUUGUUUUCUUGUUCGUUAUGCAUCCUUUCGAUGUUGGCGAUAGGUGUGAAAUCGACGGUGUUCAGAUGGUAGUGGAGGAGAUGGAUAUAUUAAGCACCGUGUUUCUGAGAUACGAUAACCAGAAGAUCGUUUUCCCAAAUGCAACGCUGGCAACGAAACCGAUUGGAAACUAUUACCGAAGCCCUGACAUGGGUGAUUCGAUCGACUUCAACAUUCACAUGGCGACUCCGGUAGAGAAGAUCUCGUUGAUGAAGCAAAGAAUAUUAAGUUUCGUGGAAAGCAAGAAGGAUCACUGGUACUCUACGCCAGCGGUGGUGUACAUGCAAAUGGAGGAACUUCAUAGGGUGAAAAUGUCGGUUUGGAUGCGACACAAGAUGAAUCAUCAAAAUAUGGGAGAAAGAUGGUUGAGAAGAGCUGUGGUUUUAGAAGAGAUGGUGAAGAUCUUCAGGGAACUUGAUGUGGAAUAUCGAUUGUUACCAAUUGACAUCAACAUCCGUUCAAUGGCGCCGUUGACGCAGCCAUUGAUUAGUACAAAUCGAAUUCCUUCUGGUUGGAACACUCCUCCAAUUGGCCAAGCACCAUAA